GGGACGCUGCAGAAGUUUGUGGACGAUGUCUUCGUAGCAAUCCUCAGUACGAAGCGUCCUCCUCCGAUCGCUGUUCGAUUCUUCUUUGACUUCCUGGAUGACAUGGCAGACAAACACGGCAUUGACGACCCGGAGACCGUCCACAUCUGGAAGACCAACAGUCUCCCUCUCAGGUUCUGGGUGAACAUCCUGAAGAACCCUCAGUUUGUUUUGGACGUCCAGGUGACGGACAGCAUCGACGCCGUCCUCUCUGUCAUCGCUCAGACCUUCAUUGACUCCUGCACCACCUCGGAGCACAAAGUGGGACGGGACUCUCCAGUCAACAAGCUGCUGUACGCCCGAGAGAUCCCCCGCUACAAACAGCUGGUGGAGAGGUGA